UCGCCCUCUGACCUCGAAACUCUCAGAGCUCUUUCUGAUCUCUUCUGGCUAUUUCACGGUACCAAAACGUACCCCCUGCUACCAACCACCACACGACGAGAAUCAUCCCCACUACAUCCACUGAUCGCCCGGCGAUAGUUGUCAUUCGUAACGAGAUCCGCGACUUGUGAAGAAGAAGAAGAGAAGACUAAAAGCGGGCCCCGAAGACUGACGGGAUCAGUGCUACCGUGAUUACACAGCUAGAGACAACAAAGGAAAAGGUUUCAUCAGCAAGAUGACGGUCACGUUUGUGCAGCGGUCUUUAAUUAUCUUCGCCAUUCUCUUGUGCUAUUAUCAAUCCUGGGUCGGUGCAGUGGAUUGCGAGCAAGAACCCUAUAACCCGGCAUGUCGAGGUUCACAAGCGAGGAAGCGCCUAACACCCUUGCCAGUCAUGCGCUCUUCAAACUGCGACGAUGGAGAUUGCAGACUUCCCAUGAAAUUCUUGAUCGCGAUUCUCGACCCUUCCUAUGAGGUACACCCUUCCAACUAUGUUCAUCCGCGCAAGGGCAGGAUGCGAAUAGAUGAGUCGAAGGAUGUGUAUUUGGAUGACUAUUGAUUCGAUUACUAAAUUAUGUCGACGCGAUUCGCAGAGAUGACUGACGAACUUUUCUGAGAUAUUACUCGUCCGUUCGAUUAUCGUUUAUUGUAUUAUCUGGCUUAAUUCUCUACCCGUAUUUCUCCUGAUAUCGUCUCUUCUCUUUUACUUCGUUUUCUCGCAAUUUUGGCAGCGAUAAUAAAGUACGUGCGUGCACGCAUAUUUGUUAGCACUCUGACUUUUCGAUAAUAAACAUUUGAAUCGCACAACAGAAAAAUAUCAAUUUACCGUCUUGAUCUUGUAGAAAAGUAAUUGUCCGCACGCGAAAUAAUUAUGAUCUCCUUCGCGUCAACUCUUCAAGCACCUCAUUAUAUUCUUAAAUGUGACAUAGAAAGAUAAACACUUUAAUAAAUAGUAUUGGACGUUCUAAUUCGAUUUUACGAGAACUAAGCAGGAAGUUUACACCAGUUGUCACUUAAUUCUUGCUCUUUUACCCGGUGUAGUGUACUUUAGCUCGCUCCAGUGUACAUUUAUCAAUAAUUUGGAAAUUGUACGAGAUUAUUAAAUUACAAGUGUUAUUCAAUUUUAAACUAUCUUCACGAUUGUUAUUCCGCGAACAUUUAAUUCUCGCGCUGGAAGAAUCGAAGUCACAGUAUAGUUAAUUAAAUCCUAUAAAACUUAUGCACAUCCAUACGUGAGACGUGCAUAAUAAUGAUCGGCCACAAUAGUGUUAUUGUACAUAAAGAGAUGUAAAACGAUAAUUAUACAUAUAUA